CCCCAAUUCUCCUCCUACUCUACUCUCCUUCGGCAAAGAAAGCAAGUCAGCCUCACCCUCUCACACCACCGCCACUCACUCAGUGCUCCACCCCAAGAACCAAGCAGCUCACCCCCAUGGCGUCCUACGACAAGGCCUUCGAAUCCUACAAGAAGGCCCUCACCACCGCCGCGUCCGUCGCUGCGUCCAUGAUGCUGGUGCGCAGCGUCGUGAACGAGUUGGUGCCGCCCGAGUUGCGCGAUCUGGUCUUCUCCGGCUUCGGCUACCUGCGCUCGCGCACGUCGUCCGACCACACCAUCAUCGUCGAGAAGAAGAACGACGGGUUCGCUAACAACUACGUCUACUGCGCUGUGAAGACUUACCUCGCCACGCGCAUGAACACCGACAUCCAGCAGCGCCUGCGCGUCAGCAGCAUGGACGAGGACGACAAGAUGAUGGUCAGCAUGGAUGAGGGCGACGAGAUGCUCGAUGUUUAUCAAGGCACGGAGUUCAAGUGGUGCCUUGUCUGCAAAGACAACUCAAAUGACUCCCUCAACAGCAGCCAGAACGAGUCCCACUUCUUCGAGCUGACCUUCAACAAGAAGCACAAGGACAAAGCCCUCAGAUCGUACCUCCCGUUCAUUUUGGCCACAGCCAAGGCCAUUAAAGCCCAGGAGAGAACCCUCAUGAUACACAUGACUGAGUACGGCAAUUGGUCCCCGAUUGAACUCCACCACCCAUCUACAUUCGACACGCUUGCCAUGGACAAGAAGCUGAAGCAGUCCAUCAUCGAUGACCUGGACAGGUUCAUGAAGAGGAAAGAUUACUACAGGAAGAUUGGCAAGGCAUGGAAGCGGGGUUACCUUCUGUAUGGUCCACCUGGGACUGGGAAGUCAAGCCUAAUCGCAGCCAUGGCCAACCAUCUCAGGUUUGACAUAUAUGAUCUCGAGCUAACUGCGGUCACAUCCAACUCAGACCUCAGGAGGCUUCUUGUUAACAUGGACAACCGAUCCAUUCUAGUCAUUGAAGAUAUUGACUGCACCAUCGAACUCAAACAACGGCAGGAGGCCGAGGGACAUGAUGAGUCAGAUUCUACAGAACAAAACAAGGGGGAAGGCAAGGUAACGCUGUCUGGACUGCUCAACUUUGUUGAUGGGCUGUGGUCAACAAGUGGGGAAGAAAGGAUCAUCGUCUUCACAACCAAUUACAAGGAGCGGCUUGACCCGGCACUGCUGCGGCCUGGAAGGAUGGACAUGCACAUCCACAUGGGGUAUUGCACCCCAGAGUCUUUCCAAAUCCUUGCCAACAACUACCACUCCAUCGAGUACCAUGACACGUAUCCAGAGAUUGAGAAACUGAUCAAGGAGGUGACGGUUACGCCCGCAGAGGUUGCUGAGGUUCUGAUGAGGAACGAUGACACUGAUGUUGUGCUCCAUGAUCUUGUCGAUUUCCUGAAGUCAAAAAUCAAGGAUGCCAAUGAGAUCAAGACUGAACACAAGGAAGCAGACAACCAGCUAGAUGAGAAGAAAAAUGACAAAAAAUAAAACCCAGUGCAUUUCCUUCCAAAAAAGAAGAUGAAAGCUAAUGGCGGUUUAAGACUGAGCACAAGGAAGCAAAUAACCAGCUGGAUGAGGAGAAAGGCAACGAGAUAGUGAGAAAAAAAAACAGUGCAAUUCCUUCUAGUAGAGGAAAGAAGAUGAAAGCAACACAUCGUAUUUCAUAUAGAUAGAUCCUACAGGGGAUCCAUUGGCAUAUGUGAGUGUUUGCAUAUUGUUAACAUUAUGUUUUUGGUGAUCAAUGAGGUGUAAUGGUACUUGCAGUGCAUCUGCAGAAUUCUGUUAGUGCUUGUUUAGGAGCAUGUAUGCAGAACUACAGAUAUGUAAAAUCCCAUUACAACUUACAUGAAACUGCAAACAUGCCAUUGCAUGCAAA